AUGAUGCUGCUGCUCUUCCCACUGCUGUUUUCUUCGGUACAGAUCUGGGCUUACCGUGUACCUGGUCAGAAAAAGUCUGACUCUUGCCAGUGCGAUGUGAACACCACAAUAUGGUCGUUCCCUGCUCUGAAGUAUGAGGCUGUGCAGCAGCAGGUUGAAACCUGUGAGAAGUCUCUGCACGGCCUGCAGGGGCAGGUGUUGGUCUCCAGUCAGCGUCUCCCUGGCAUUCAGGUUCAAAUUUCAAACUUGACAGCGCGACUUGAGCCAUACCAGUACCUGCAUGACCGCGGACUGUACACAGCGCUGUCCAUCCGUCUGCUGGGCCAGGAGCUCAGCCAGCUGGAGACGGACAUCACCGUUGUGCACAGCCAGCUCAACAACGCCCAGUCACAGAAACUCCACAAAGAGGUGGGUAAAUUGCAUAAAGAUGUGCUAAAGAUGCAAACGUCAGACACAGUGAACAUGAAGACAGUCAAGGAGAAACUUCGCUACCUGAAGAACAACGUCGAAUCCUGCAAGUCGAUCCCAAAAGACUUCAGAGGCCAGAACAGGUACUGCAUGAAGGGCCUGAUCACCAACAUCAGUGACCCCAUUACAACCAAAAUCAAUCCCUAUGACAAGAACCACAUCUCUGGAUCAUGGGGCAAACAGGCGCAGAUGGACAGUGGGACGGACACAGAAACCUACUGGGUUCAGACCCUAACCAGCAGCAACAUCUAUGGAAACAUAGUCCGCCUUUACCAAACCUACAAAGACUUCAUGCGUUCUGCCAACCACAGGGACGCUACUUUCUCAUCCUCCGUCACAGCUCCCACCGCCAUUGAGGGUCCUAGUGCUGUGCUGUACGGUGACGGUCUGUAUUAUCACUGCUACCGCUCUGCAGAUAUUUGCCGCUACGACCUGAAGACCAAUGAGGUCAAGCGGGUGACCCUUCCUGGCACAGGUGUGGGCUUCAACAACAAAUUUCCAUAUUGUUACUAUGAAUGCCGCUCGAAUAGCGAUGUGGAUGUUGAGGCCGAUGAAACCGGGCUGUGGGCUCUAUAUGCCACUGUUGGCAACCAUGGUAAUCUGGUAGUGAGCAAGCUGUUUUGGGAUGACAACUCAAAGACGAUCAACGUGUCUCAAACCUGGGAGACGAGGCUGUUCAAGAAGGCAGCGACUAACGCUUUCAUGGUAUGUGGUGUGAUGUACGCCACCCGCUAUGUAGAUGAAUACAGAGAGGAAGUAUUCUACGCCUUUGACACAGCAACAGGAAAAGAGGACAACUCUCUGGCACUGCCACUGGAGAAGGUAGCCAAAGGAGUGGCUAGUCUGAGCUACAACCCGGUCAACAGGCAGAUCUACAUGUACAAUGAUGGAUAUCUCCUAGCCUAUCAGGCCUACUUCUGAGUUUUGCCUUUGAACCUAUGAAGAAGAAGCAGAAUAUUCUCCUCAAAUCACAUCUAACACCUUUUUCUGUUGCUAUUUUAAGAAAAAAUGAAGGAUGUAGUAAUAAAUGUCUUGUUUUAAUGCAAUUUUUCCUUUCUUUUAUAAGAUACUUAAAAACUUGCAAUAGACUUGUUUUAGGUGAAUAAAAAUGAAUCUUUUAUUGUGUCAAUAUAAUCUUAACAUCACACUUCCAGUUGUUCAAAUAUUUUGCCAUGAGUGCCAAAAUGAUCAACUUGAAAGUGAUUGGGGGCCACAUAAACAUGUUAUUUUAAAGUUUUUCAUACAAUUUUAAAAAUGAAUUUCUUUUUAUCUGCUCACUAAUAAACAUUCAAUACUUCAGUGAAAUGAGUUAAAUAGUAAGAAUCUUGUAAAGUAAGGACUUCAUAGUCGAUCGAAAAACAUUU